CGUUGAUUAGAUGGUGCGGUACCUGUGGCGUGGAAUCCUGGCAGUCUAAGAUCAGGGCCCAAUUUCGUUGUGACGUAGGUCAGAGCAGGUGAACGAUUAACUUCCUACAGGCUGAAAGCAACUUUACUUUCUUUUAACUUUACGCCCUACUCUCUGCCGCCCAACUUUCCUACACUUAUUGGAGUUAAAGUACAGUAUACACAUGUUCGAGUCAUGUAUUAUUAUAUUUAGUAUGGUUAUUCAUAAACGCUAAUCGAAGUUUGGCUUGGCUCGACUGCGGCGUCGUUGGGCUGACUCCUGGAGAUGGACCGAUACCGAUACUUCAUCUUUAACCAGAAGACGGUGCUCGUCCUCGGUGUCCUCCAAGUGGCGUGUGCGGCUCUUUGCCUUGUCUGCGGCUUCAUGGACGCUGUCUUCCGUAAAGACACCCCGCUGAGCACCACCAGGACUCCGGUGUGGGGCGGAAUGGUCAUGGCUUGUCCCGGUGUUUUGGCUCUGUUUGCAUCUCAAAGAAAAAACUCCAUACUGGUGAGCGUGAUGGUGGUGGCGGCGUUGCUGUCUUGCGUGGGUGCUGUCUUUGUGUUGGGCUACGCUUGUCUAACGCUCACCUACGGAGAGGAGGACAAGGAGGUUUUCCACCAUCACGACAGUCCUGAAGUGACAUUUGUGCUACAUCGAAUGGUGAAGGGCGCCAACGCCACCAUACUGCUGAGCUGCGUGGUCAGCCUGCUCAUGUCGUCUCUCAUCACCUAUGUGGGCUGCUGCAGUCUCCCCCGCUGUGGAUGCUACGACGCUAGAACUGGACUUGAGACGCUGGUUCCACAGUGUGACCCAGGAGAUGCUGAGAUGGUGUGCACCUGGCAAGCCGGAGGUGACGACAGGCUCUUCAACGCUCCAGCUCAGGCUCCAGAUUGUGGUGCCACGGAGGACGAUGAGGAAGGUUCCUCCAAGCUGCCUUCAUACAGCAGACUGGCCUGAGAUUUUGUCAAAUAACGUGGAAUUGUGUUUUUAUCGAGUAAAUGUGUCACCAAUAAAU